AUUUACUUGCGUUAGACAAACAAACUGGAAGCUGACAGUGUCGGGCCCUUCUCUCUAAUAAGGCUAACCUGCCUUCACUACUAAAUAUGGCUUUAUAAUACACGCGCGCACGCACACACACACACACCCUUGACCACCAAAGACUGCCUCUUCCUGAAAUCCCCCGUUCAUAUAAAUACAGGAAGUAGAAAUAAGAGAGGCUAAAAUCAGACCUUCUUGGCAGUUUGCUUUCAUUUCUGUGCUUGUUUAGUUCUCUGCCCUCCGAUACUACCGAGCCUGAAGCUGGUUUCACACAUCCUCCCCCUGCAGUCCCUUGAAAUACCAUCUUCACUACAAACCUAAGGAUGUGGAGGUUCUGCUCAGCGAUGGCAAGGAAUUGCUUUCUUUACCAAGGAACUCUAAAGCCAUUGUGAAACAGAAAGUAUCUUAAAGUUUGCUGUAAUGAUGAAAACAUCAGCCGGAGACAAGGGAGCCAGGGAUGACUCAGGCCCCAGCAGCAAUAUCAGCGAAGACGGGAAAGAGACACAUCUCAGUCAGGCCACUGCCCUGCGAAACUGCCUCUCGCUUCCAGGAAUCAGCAUCCUUGAUAAACUCAUCAAGACCUGUCCCGUCUGGCUUCAGCUGAACAUGAACCAGGAAAGGGCUGGGGCGAUACUUGGCAAAGAAGCAGCAGGGAUGUUCUUGGUUAGGAAAGAGGGUAAUGUGAAAAACAUGGUCCUUGCAGUUCGCCUGCCAGUCCAAAAUGAGGUUCCUGAUGUGCUGGAGUACACCAUUAAAGAAGAAAAAUCAAUCCUGUACCUGGAAGGAUCUGUCCUUGUAUUUGAGGAUAUCUUCAAACUGGUUGCCUUCUACUGCGUCAGUAGAGAUUUGCUGCCCUUCACCCUGAAGCUACCACAAGCAAUAUUAGAAGCCAAUAGCUUUCAAGAUCUUGAAAUUAUCUCUAGUCUGGGGAUAGACUUCUGGGAUUCCUCCUUAAACCGUGGAACAAGAGGAGAGGGGUUAUCCCACCCUGCAAGAGACUCUGCUUUCAGCACUGCCCAGGCAGACAGUUUAAGAUCUACCCAGUGUUUUGCAAGUAGCACAAACCACUGCUCAUGUGAAAUUGAGCUGUCAAUAGGAAAUGACAGGCUGUGGUUCGUGAAUCCUAUUUUUAUAGAAGAGUGCAGUAAUCCUUUUCCUCCAGAUGUACCUCCUCCUAAAGGCCACACUGUGAGCGUCGAUCUGCCCCCUGACACCACGCUUGCCGAAAGGAGGUCUCCCCGCCGCCCCCCCCCACCGCCCCCUUCUCACGCUCACGGUCAGAAGUCUUCUCUGAAGCUCCCGCGGGAUCCGAUGACGGCCUGUGAAGAAAACCAGCUGCUUCUUCAGCCACUAGGAAAGAGCAUCAAGGAAAUGAAAAUUGAGGGCGGUGACGGUGAAGAAGAAGAAGGGAAGCAGAGCGGCUCACUCAAGGAGUCCCCGGCAGCGAGCCCCAAGAAGGGUUCCCAGCCCUCCGUCCCCCCGCGGAGACGGCUCUGUGAGAGGACCUCAGAGGAGAGCUGCUUGGGUAAGCCUGGAAGUUGUGAAACGCUGAAAGGGGAACAGGGAGAAGGAAAACAAGACGCGAGUACAGAGAGCAGAGAUAAAAGGCUGCUGUGCAGAAAGGCUGUAGAAAUGCCUGGGGAGGUUCCUGAAAGGGCUGUGUCACAGUUUCAGGAGACAAAGCCUGAACCUGCAGAGAAGAAGGAGCACAUGCCUGAUAUACAAAGUAAUGACAUUAAGAAUGGAAAGCCACCUCCUAUCCCUCCACCGAGAAGGAAGAGGCUCUCCCAAGUACCGAGGGUCCCCAGCUCCUGCCAGUCAAAGCAAAGAACGGUGGUGGAGCUGGCUGUGUCUGCGGUGCAGGUUCAAUGCACGAGUGGCUCAGCACCUGUGGCAGGUGGUGCAGCUUGCACAACCACUGAGACUGAACCGGGACGUGGCCGCAAGUCUGUGAUCUCAGCCGAACUGAAAGGUUCCCACUUGUCUUUGGAAGGCCUGGGAGGCAGCGCUGUAGCUCAGGCGUCAGCAUCCGAGCCAGACUCCUACUCCACCAGCAGCACCGAGGAUGACUUGGACAUGCUGAAUAGCUCAUCUGGUAAGAAGACACGCUCCAUGAUAUUGGACAAGGCCAAGAACAGGCUGUCCUUUGUCAGCCUGUCCAACGUCUUCACAGUCUUUUUGUCAAAUGAUAGAAAGCUGCAGAAGAAGAUAGUGGAGCUGGCACAGGACAAGGAUUCGUACUUUGGCAACCUCGUGCGGGACUACAGAGUGUACAGUUUAGAGAUGAUGGCAAAGCAGAGCUCCAGCACAGAGAUGCUACAAGAAAUACGGAUGAUGAUGACACAACUAAAGAGUUACUUAGUGCAGAGCACUGAGUUGAAAUCUCUGAUAGACCCAGCCACCUACACUGAGGAACAGUUAGAUGUGAUUGCUGAGUCAUCUUUGUACAAAUGUGUCCUUAAACCUUUAAAAGAAGCCAUCAAUUCUUACUUGAAAGAAAUCCACAACAAAGAUGGAUCUUUACAGCAGCUAAAAGAGAACCAACUUGUGAUACAAAACACAACUACCACUGACCUCGGUGUCACAACCAGUGUGCCUGAAACUGUUGUGCUGGAAAAGAUCCUUCACAAGUUCACAACCAUGCACAAGGCCUACUCCCCAGAAAAGAAGAUUGCCAUCUUGCUGAAGUCCUGCAAACUCAUCUAUGACUCCAUGGCUCAGGGAAACCCAGGAAAGCCAUAUGGUGCAGACGACUUCCUCCCCGUGCUCAUGUAUGUGCUGGCCCGCAGCAACCUGACUGAAGUCCUUCUGAAUGUGGAGUAUAUGAUGGAGCUCAUGGACCCUGCUCUGCAGCUAGGUGAAGGCUCCUACUAUUUAACCACCACCUAUGGGGCUCUGGAGCACAUCAAGAACUAUGACAAAAUCACUGUAACUCGGCAGCUGAGCAUGGAGGUGCAGGACUCCAUUCACCGCUGGGAGCGGCGGAGGACACUGAACAAGGCCCGGGCUUCCCGCUCAUCAGUGCAGGAUUUCAUCUCCAUCGCCUUUCUGGAGAUUGGUGCUCAGUCAAGGACACUUGCCUCCCGGAGCGACACCACAGCUGAGCAGCUGAGCCAGCAGUGUGCUGAAAAAUUUGAAGUCUCCCAUCCCAAGGACUAUGGACUUUUUGUUUAUGUGGAUGACCAGUGGCUGCAGCUGGACAAAGAAGCCCUCCCCCACCAUAUCAAAGCCUCACUGCUGAAGAGUGAAACCAAGAAAGAUUUCCAUUUUAUUUAUAAACCAAUAGACCAUAAAAAACCACCAGUUCCAAUUGUCAAAGACUCUUACUUUUCCUAAGGGCUGUGCUGCUCUUUUGUUGAGUUUUCUGCCAUCCUGGAAGGGCUGGAUAGUUUAUUUCAUGAGAUCCUUUGGUAUCUGCAGAUUUUAGAAGGUCUCUGGUGCUUGGCCUUCGACACAGGGUAGAUAUGCUAGUUGUAGAUGCUGUCUGAAUACUGAGCAUUUCUCAGUGAAGUUCAUUUGCAGAAAUAAAAGGAGCGUUCAGGAGAACAUUCAUCCUGUGGAAAACUUGAAGUAUCAAACCUCAGAACCUCCCACUGGCAACCAGUCGUUGUCACAGAAUGUAAAUGGACAGAGAAGAAUGAACCCAGAGGUCUUGUGGAAGAGAGGACAUUAACCCCAACAUAAAUUAUGGCAGGUGUGAACCACCUCCAUGCACAAGGCCUGUGAAAGGUCUGCACACGCCUCGAUGCUGUUUGGAGGUAAGACUGCAUUUACGCCACGUAACGUCUGUUCACCCCGUUUGAAUAAACUGAGUCUUGGCUGAUGUAUUCGGUGGCGUAGGAUUGCCACCAGUAGCAGAACUCCAUCUCUGCUUUGCCAUCUACAACAUGUAAUUGCCUUUAAAAUCCACAUCAUUAUAGACCACGCAAGAAGAUCCUGCACAUUCACUAAGAAAAUAUUUUCUGCCAUUAGUUUGUCACUAAAAUCAGGUGGCAUAGGCAUUUUCAGCAACGUGUUUUUUUAAAGAUUGAAAGUCUUCACCAUAAACUUUACAUGUACAGCAGUUUUAAUCACAUUGGUUGCACAACAGUGUUUGGUUAAUUGUGUAUUUAUUUCCAUGUGUGAUAAGGUGCAAUGGUUUUAAAAUAAACAUUUGUAAAGAACUUAAUAAUUCUCCCAGCAUAGCAAACUAGAUUAAAAUCUUGAAGUCAAAAAGCAAGAAUAAAAUAUUGGUCCCUUUUUACCCA